GGCGACGGAAUUUCCAUCUUCGGCAGUCGCAAGCUCUGGAUCGACCACUGCUCCCUCUCCAACUGCGCCGACGGCCUGAUUGACGCCAUCAUGGGAUCCACCGGCAUCACCAUUUCGAACAACUUCUUCUCCCGACACAACGAGGUGAUGCUUCUCGGCCACAGCGACAACUACCCCCCUGAUUUAGGCAUGCAGGUCACCAUCGCCUUCAAUCGCUUCGGGGAGAAGCUCAUCCAGCGAAUGCCGCGAUGCCGUCUCGGCUACUUCCAUAUCGUUAACAACGAUUUCACGGAGUGGGAAAUGUAUGCCAUCGGCGGCAGCGGUAAUCCGACCGUGAAUAGUCAGGGGAACCGGUACAUUGCUCCGUCUGAUCCGAAUGCCAAGGAGGUGACCAAGAGAGUUGACAGUGAUGAUGCGGAUUGGAGCGGGUGGAACUGGAGAUCAGAGGGGGAUAUCAUGGUUAAUGGAGCUUUCUUUGUUCCGUCGGGGGAUGGCUUGGCGGCCAUCUAUUCCAAGGCUUCCAGCGUCUCGCCGAAGUCCGCCGGACUGAUCGAUCAGCUGACUCUCAACGCCGGCGUUCUUGGCGGUUCCAGGUACUCUCACCGUCCUCGCUUCCCAUUUUUUGCCGAUAUAGCGCGUUAAGAUUGGCCUAUUCUGCGCUGGGGAUAGCGGUUUAUUAUUCGAUUUUGGCCUCUUUGGUUUCGAGCGGGGAAAGCUAUCGCGGUUUGGUGAGCUGCAGGAACCAGCUCAAUUAUUAUGAAACCGAUUGAUUAUUUAAGGUUGAGUUUGACUAAUCAAACCAAUUCAAGCUCAUGAUUAAGCUCGAAUUCAUUUAUGUUAAUUGGGCUCAUUUUAUGGAACAAUUAUU